CUCCGGUUCUCUGUUUUUUUCUCUGUUUCUGCUUUGCAUUGCGUCUCUGUCUUCUAACACCAAUAGCAAUGGCAGAGACGCAAGUGAAAGCAGAAACAUCUGUUACAUUCUCAGAUCCGGUUGUAGUUGAGCCACCAUCAAACGAUAACGUGCCCAAUAAGGCUUCUGAAACGGCUAAGGCUGUCGAGGAAUCUAAAGCUGUUGCGGUUGUAGAUGAGCCUGAGAAAACACCAGAGACACCAGUUCCUGCAAACAAAUUAAGCUCGAAAGGAGGAUCUCUAAAUAGAGAUAUUGCUUUAGCUGAACUUUCCAAAGGGAAAAAGUUAUCCUAUGUGAAAGCAUGGGAAGAGAGUGAAAAAACCAAAGCAGAUAACAAAGCUGAAAAACACAUCUCUUCCAUUGCUUCUUGGGAAACCAGCAAAAAGGCCGCUCUUGAAGCCGAGCUCAAAAAAAUCGAGGAAAAACUAGAGAAAAAGAAAGCACACUAUGGGGAAAUAAUGAAAAACAAGAUAGCAGUGAUUCACAAGGAAGCAGAAGAGAAAAGAGCAGUAAUAGAAGCCAAACGAGGCGAGGAAAUUCUUAAGGUAGAGGAAAUGGCUGCAAAAUACCGUGCAACCGGAACCACUCCAAAGAAAACCGUUGGCUGCUUUUGAAUAUUUUUCUUCUUCCAAAAUAAUUUUCUAGUUGCACUUUUUGUCUAUAUAGUUCUUUGACCUCAAUAUGUUUCUGUGUAUAAAAACAGAAGAAAAUUGCUCAAAGAAUAAGCUAAGUUUGUUAAUGCCUUUUGUAGAUCAUUGACAUACAUGGAAUGUUCGAUUAUGGUUUUAUCUCAA